GACUGUGACAUGUCAGCUGCUGGGCCCUGGCAAGUCAAUACCUCAUACAGAUGUGUGGCACCUCCCUGUCACCCCACAGCUCUCCUGGUGCUGGUGGCCUGUGAAUGAAAAAAUGUGACACCAAGUUUGAAACUGCCCGCCACCCCCAACACCAGCGGGAGGACAUGGCACAUCCUGCCCCGCUCAGAAUCCCGACCCCACAGCCCUCCACCGCCGCCGCGAGAGCAGGAGCAGCCUCCAGCCCCCUGCCCGCUGGAGCUGUGGUGAAGCAGGAGAGAGCGCGGAGGAAGGGGCUCGUUCCACUCCCCCGGCAGGGCAGCAUGAAGCCGGAGAACUUCCCCGAGGAGAAUGGCUUCGGGGAGGGAAGGGCCGCUGGCCAGGGCAACCUCACACCCGAGAGCUGCCAGAAGAAACGCCGCUGGAUUCCGGAGAACUUCUGGGAGGACGUGAGGCAGCUGCUGGUGCUGGCGGGGCCGCUGAUCCUGAUCCAGCUGCUGAUCUUCCUGAUCCACCUUGUCAGCUCCAUAUUCUGUGGCCACCUGGGCAAGGUUGAGCUGGCCUCUGUCACGCUGGCCAUCGCUGUUAUAAAUGUCACUGCCAUCUCUGUAGGCUACGGUUUGACUUCAGCGUGUGACACCUUGAUAUCACAGACCUAUGGCAGCAAGAACCUGCUGCGCGUGGGGGUGAUCCUGCAGCGGGCCACCAUCAUCAUCCUCCUCUGCUGCUUCCCUUGCUGCGCCAUCCUCAUCAACGUCGAGCAGUUGAUGCUGCUCAUGCAGCAGGAUCCCGAGGUCUCCAGGCUGACCCAGCACUACGUGAAUGCAUUUCUCCCUGCCCUCCCGGCGGUUUUUCUGUAUAACCUGGAGACAAGAUACCUGCAGAACCAGAUGAUCAUGUGGCCGCUGGUGCUGAGUGGGGUCAUCGGCAACCUCGUCAACGUGGCUGCAAACUACAUCCUCCUCUACGUGUUCCACCUGGGCAUCAUGGGCUCUGCCUGGGCCAACACCAUCGCUCAGUAUUCACAAACCAUCUUCUUGUUCCUCUACAUCAUAGGCAGGAAACUCCACGUGAACACCUGGGGAGGCUGGUCCAGCGAGUGCCUGCUGGAGUGGGACAGCUUCACCUCCCUGGCUAUCCCCAGCAUGCUCAUGAUGUGCAUCGAGUGGUGGACCUACGAGAUCGGGAGCUUCUUGAUAGGCCUGCUGAGCGUUGUCGAGCUCUCCGUCCAGUCCAUCAUCUAUGAGGUGUCUGUUGUGGCUUCCAUGAUCCCCCUGGGGCUGGGCACAGCUGCCAGUGUUCAGGUGGGCAACGCGCUGGGCGCCGGCAACAUCGAGGCGGCCAAGAGAUCCUCCAGCACCAGCCUGAUCUGCACAGGGGUGUUCUCCGUAAUUGUGGGGUCCAUUUUAGCUGCCACAAGGAACGUGCUGGGAUACGUCUUCACCAAGGAGAAGGAAAUCAUUGACUUGGUGGCGUGGGUCAUGCCUAUCUACGUUGUCUUCCACUUGUUUGAAGCCAUGAAUGGCGCCUGCAGCGGGGUGCUCAGAGGCGUCGGGAAGCAGAAAUUUGGUGCCAUCAUGAACGCCGUGAGUUACUACGGUGUGGGCAUGCCCCUGGCAGCUGUGCUGCUCUUCGUGGCCAAGAUCGGCGUCAUAGGCCUGUGGGUCGCGAUGCUCGUCUGCAUCUUCAUCCUCUGCACCUGCUUCCUCACCUACAUCUCCCGCCUGGACUGGGAGAAGGCAGCCAAGGAGGCUCAGCGGCGCGCAGGAGUGACCCAGCUGCCACCAGCGGAGCUGCCGAGCCUGGGCCCCGAAGCCUCCUGCAAGGACCUGGAUGUGGGACCAGCCCCCCAGCCCCACACUUACCUCCCCGCCAGGGCGGUGUUGGGGUCUGUCGCGGGAUUAGAAGUGCAGAACGAUGUCGUGCUCACGGGCAUCACCAAGACGGAGGGACCCACGUACCAGCUGGAGCUGCGGGAGGCCACCUCCCCUCCGGCCACCCCCGUGGUCACCAAGCAGCUGAUCUUCCGGCGGGGGCUGGCCGUGGCCGCAGCCGUGGCUGCGCUGGCCCUCGGCAUCACCGUGAAGCUGAUCACCAGCACAGACUGAGUCGCACCAAGGACUCUGGGGACUUGUUUUUGGCGUGAAAGCCUUUCCUGAGGGACAGGCGUACCGAGCACGGACAGGCCAGUGAGAAGAUUGAGUGCACGCCUGUCCCGCAGGAGCCAAAGGGCCUCUGUCAGUGGUCAGCAGCAUUUGUGCAGAUUUUGGUUGGGAACGGGCCCUGAGGCUGCUCUGAGCUGCCUGGCACACACUGAGUGUGUGGGGGACCCCCCAGCCCACGCUGCCAACACCCACUGGAGCUGAGCACAGCCCAGCUCCCCCUGCUGCUCCAUGGCAAAUGCCCAAUAAAGAAUAAACCCAGCUGGA